ACGCCAACAUAACCUUCAAGGAGAAUUUCUAAUGUAAUUUCUCUAGAUCCGCCUUCAAUUUCCGCGAAUUCUAUUAUGCCAUAGUUUAGUGGAUUGCAGACUCACUCGACGCGAUGCAGUGAUCGCUACUUCGAGCGUUUGAUACCGAAUUCAUAUAAUUGACAACAAUUGUUCUCUUUAUCAAUCUGCAUGAAGAUUUAACUUCUGACGAGUCCCAUUGCGUCGUUAAUACAACAAGCAUCAAUCAUACCGGCAUUUCUGACAUAUUCCAAGAGUUGAAGAGAACACGCUUCCCGUUGGGAUCAGAGGUCAUAGGGGAUCUCUGCUGUGAUACCCGGCCAACAGCCCGAAGUAUAGAGACAGACAAUUUUUUGGAAAGACAAUAGGAAGAUAUUACGUCUCGAAAAUCCAUCGUCAUUAUGAUCAAGAUCUGUGAAGUGAGACUGGUCAAAUUGGAAAUGAUUAACUCUCGAAGUCAGCAGUUAUUAACCAUGGAAGGACGCCAAGGUAAAUUCUACCUUGAUGGCUUCGCCCCCCAUGACUUUCUCAAGUUGACAAAUCUCAUCAGUAGUCAUGGAGGAAUAGUGAUGUCGCCGGACGACGAAACAAUCAUUCUCUCAAAGCCAGAGAGGUCUUCGGAUAUAAAAAAUUCUCCACGUUUUCAUGUGAACUGGUUGUACGACAGCAUUAAAGAGAACAACCUCCAGGAUAUUGGGAAAUAUUUAUUGCCCAAGCAAAUUCAGCAUUCAUUUCCAGCGAUUGGGUCCCCAUCAUUCCCAUGCGAGAAGACUGGUAUGUUUCAGAGGAAUUCGACCUCAUUAACAACUUUUUCACGAAAGUCUUCCAUGAACAUGAACCAGGACAAUUACUCAGACAAUUUCUCAAGACGAAAAUCGUGUAUUAACUCCACAAAUGGGGGUGCCUCCGAUUUUGAGGAGUCUGAGCCUUCUCAGAUCGAGGAGAAUGUCUCUCCUAAUGUUCCUAAAGUGAAUCGAACUUCAGUGAAUACAUCAGCUUCUCAGCAGUUCCAAAAAAUGAAGAAGAAUCAUCUGAUUCUCCAGGAGAAGAAGAUUAAGCAGCAGGAAAAGCAGAAGAAACGAGUUCAUUCACUUGAUCUGGAGAGUGGUUCAGAGGAAAACCGAGAGAAGAGGCAUAGAAAGAAGAAUUACAUCAGCAGCAGUCAUUCGUCUUUCGAUACGGACGUGGCGAAUAUAAUUAACAGAUCUGCUGACGAUUGCAAUUCAUCUGAUCAAUCUCACGAUUAUUCAUCUGUCGAAAUUGCUGAUUUGAGUGAUAAAGGAGGAGAAAAGCCUCUCGUUGAGGUUCUUUUGGAUAUGGAUUUUGAUGGCGAAGGGAGAAAUCAUGAAGCUGAAAUGGAAAAUGAAUGUGAUCCUAUGGAAGACACGAAUUCUCGGAAGGACGACACAUAUUCACCGCAGGAGAGGAAACAUAAGAGAAGGAGAUCUUCAAAACCGAGAUAUAUCUAUACUAUCGAGGAAAACAAGAAAAUCUUGGAAUAUCUUGCUGUUCAUAAUUUGCUUUCUCAGACGAGUUGUGGCUACGUUUGGGAGAAGAUGGCAGCAUCAGAGGAGUUCCAAAAUCCACCACGCAAUGCAAGUGGUCUGCAGCAGCAUUUCAACCGAAUUCUUCUUCCAAAUUAUCACAAGUAUACGACAGACCCAAUGGUCAUUUCUGCACUCGCUAGAAAGGAGAAGAAGAGGCUUAAAAAUAUCAUCAAUUACUUCACAGUAAACGGAGAUGGAGAGAGCACCGAUGGGUCAAAUAUGUCUUCAUGAAUACACUCACUUAAUUAUAGCCGUUUCUUGAUCUCUGGAAUAAUUUUGUUUAAUGAAGAAUGAGUAAUAUUUCGUCAGUAUGAGACAAUCACACUUCCUUUAUAGACAUCAGGAUCAUUAUAACAAUUACGUUUUCAAUCACUUUAUAGAAUUUUUUUUUUGACUGAUUACCAAUUAUUUGAUUAAAAAUGGAGGUUGGUGAAGUAUAAAACGCAUAACGAACGUAACACGAGCACAAUAUGUAUUACAUAGCCGAAGUUUUUGAGAUUCGAUGUAUGUAAUUUUCAUAGAAAUAAUUAUUUUGAUGAUAUCUACGUUUCAGAUUCGUUCAAACUUUUGGACUUGUGAAUCAUCUGAAUAAACCAGAAUUUAAUCGUUAAGUUCUUUUACUUAGGUUCACUCUACCAGUAACCGGUAUGUGGAAGUGAAUAAACCAAAUUAGUUUGAUCUUUGAUUUUGAAAUUAUUACUAAGUGGAGUAUUGUAAUUUUGUGUGCUAAAGUAAGGCCCGGCUGGACAGACUGGACUAGCUGGAAUAGAUCGUUUUUGUUUUUGUAUUUUAUCUGAAACUUUGGUGCAGUCUUGCAUCAAGCAGAGGUGCACAAAAAAAAUGAAAAUAUCCUGAAAAAAAAGUAAAAAUAUAGCACCUGGCCUUUUUCAUUUAUAUGUUAGGGUAAAUGAAAGCCUAUCGGAUGUGGUAAUGCCUGAUUUGGCGAAGAGGGGAGGCUCAUAAUAGUAAAAGAUUUCCGGAGGAGUUCACAGAGCAUUAUUUUAAAACAUUGUUCUCUAAAAAAUUAUUAAAUAAUUCAAGAAUUUCUUUAAUUAUCCCAGUCUUACCGUAAAAUGUCGAGAACCCUGAAAGUAAGACAAACUUAAUUGAGGUGAUGAUCAACGGCCACUUUGCAAUCCACUAGAUAGCCACAUGAAUAAAGUGACAGUUGUUAAACACUCCAAUUCAAUUUUUCUAAUUCCCAGGGUUCUAUGCAUUUUACAGUGAGACGAUUGUAAUUAAAAAAUUCCUAAAAAUAUCUUAAAAUUGUCAGAGAACAGUAUUUUACAAUUGGCCUCCACGUGUUAAUUACAACGUGUUUUACAUUCAGGAUAUUUCCUUUUGUAGUUGGUUUAAAAAAAAAUUAUCUGUUGGAAUCAAAACAGUUCAAUGUAAUAUUUGGUUUUCAAAAAAGUCUUUACCCAUGUGUAAUUAUUUUUGAAGAUCAAUUCUUUCAUUGGAUCUACUUAUUAAUUCAUCAUAACAAUUCAAACAAAAAUUAUCGAGUAAAUAUUUUACACGAGAACCACCUUAAUUUCUGGCCUGUAACAUUUUGAUCAAUUAUAAUGAUUAAGGAAAGUGACUUUUAUUUCACUUGUCUCCUCUGUGGGUUUCUUGGAUGAGGGCUUGACAAUGGUGAUCCUCGUAUGGCGAGUAGAAAGUGAUCCUUUUCAUCAUCAAUUGUAUAGGGACACCCGGAGUAAAGUACACACGCGAACGAAAAUUAUGAAUCGAAAAUAUUCUGCAGAAAAAUUCAAAAGACUUCAAUUUUUCUAUGCAAUUUAUUCUAUUGAUAUUUCUCUGUAUCAUUUUAUCGGCUCUACGAUGUCUAGAAAAAUCCAAUUGACUGUUUGAAUGGCCUGAAAUGACUAGGAAGAUCUAACGAAAUUCACCAGAAUUUUGUUUGAAAUUGGUAUUGUUUAUUAUUAAUCGUUAUUAAAUGACUAUUGAAUUUUUUCAUGCAUGUUAGCUACUCUGACACAUAAUGGUUCUAACGCAUUAUAAUUUGUAUGAUUCACUAUUUCCAUUGUCUUUUCUAUUUUUUCAUUUUAUUUGAAAUCACUUUUCAAAAAUGUUCAGCUUUUUAACAAUUAAGAUUCACACGAAAGAUUAUGUUCGCCUAUCUUCAGUGAACAGUUUAUCAUUUUCUCUGGAUAUUUAUAGUAAUCGUAAUCUCUUCUAGACGACAGAAGCACCAUGUAAUUGUUCAAAUCUUAAAGAAACGUCAAAACCAUCAGGAAUUGAAUAUUGACAUUCCAAGAAAUUUAUCACAAGACUUCUUAAUUACACAUCAAAUCGAGAAAUGCUUUUAUGACAUUUGGAAAUAGUUGCUCAAUAAUUAAUGGAAAAUUUAGAUUAUCAAUUUUUCUAUUACUUCGAUAUUGACGUUCUAUGCAACAUAGUGAUCCUCAAGACCAAUGAGAUCGUCAUAAUUAAAACCUAAUCAAGUCUCCCUGGGAAUGACUCAAUCGAAGGCAUAUAAUUUUGCAAUAAUAAAUAAUUAUAAUAAUUCUCCCACGUAAAUGAAUAAUUGGCGAAAAUAUAUUUUUUUUCAGUGCAACUGUUGGGAAAUCUGACUAAAGAUUGUGCUGUUCACCUUAUUUUUGGCUCAAUUAAUUAUUUAUUAAUUAAUCUCAGUGUCUUCAUCAUCCUCCCGUCCUAUAAAAAUUCAAUUUCAACAAACUUUUUCCAAUUUUUAGAUAUUCCUCGAGCAUCAGAGCACAGCAGGCGACUUGAAAAUGCUUUUAAAGUUCAGUCAUCUAAGGAACCGAACAACAUGAUAAUCAACUAUCAGAAGAUUUCCCGAUAGAAAACAAUUAGCCUUGAUCUACUCCAGGAAAAUUUAGAAGAAUUUCAUUAUGUAUUAUCAGUUGCCAUUAUCGACUGGUUCUUAGUAAAAAUCGAGGGGGUAGGACGUGUUGCUAUUUUCAGAGCCCUCUACAACUCUAUCGUAUUGGAAUGAUCAACGUGAGUCUGUGUCUCUUGUAUUUUGAUUCUUUACAUGGUCAGUGGCCAGUGAUUAUAGGACUGUUGAAAGUUGAAAGCAGUGCAAUCAUGUCAGUAUUUAAUUACGAGCUAUUUUACCUAAACGGUCAUCCGAUGAAAUUUUAUUUAGAUGGGUACACCAGUGCUCAGACUCGUGAUGUAGCGGAUAUUGUUGAGGCGUUCGGUGGACGAUUCUCUGAGCCAGGAGAGAAUACUAUCAUUUUUUCAUACCCUGGGGCUCCCAACGAAGGGAAUUUUGAUCGAUUUGAUAGUAAAUUUUUUUUUGACAGUAUUACAACAGGUCAACUACAAACGUUAGAUAACUACCGGUUCUCAUCAACUCGAAUCACCUCAUCAAUUGAAAGAAGCAGAAACGAACUAUCGAUUAAUCCUGGUGUAUCGUCAAGGAACCCUAACUCCACUAAUUCUGAAGAUGAUCAUCAGAAUUUUAAUUCCUUGAACAGCUUCAACAAACCGUCCUCGUCAGCUGCACCAGAGACUGCCAUUACCUCAUCUACAUUCAUCUCCACACAGAAAGACAAUCACUCGGACGAUGUAAUUUCUUUUCGGAUGGAUGAUACCUUAAAACCAACUCCACCUCUGACAAGAACGAAAUCGCAAACGCCGAAGUCUACGUCAAACUUAGAUAAAUUUCACGUGGAAACCGGAAAAGGAAAAACUAUCGCAAGGAACAUCCUCUAUUCCAAAGAAGAAUCUGAAAAAGUGUUGAAGUUCCUCGCUAAGAAUAAGGCAGCUUGUGAUUCGUUGGGUGUAAGCGUAUGGAGAAGAAUGGAGCAAGCGAAGAUCUUCGUCAACCCAUAUCGCUCGCAUAAAAGCUUGUAUAAGCACUAUAGCAAAAAAUUACGAACAACCUAUGAGAGUAAUUUGACAGACAAGAGGAACCUGGCAAAACGUCACAAGACAAUUGCAGAUAUUCAUGACAAGUAGAAAUCCGGUGAUCCGAGGUGAAGCCAAGAGCUACAAAUCACACGAGCUAAGACCCCUCAUCGUAUCGUAUUCGAAUUACAUUUUUUGUGAGUGAUUUUGCGUUCAGCGAGUGGUGAACUGCAUCAUUUUUUGUUCAGAAGUUCUACUUUUCUUUUACUAGUAAAUAAAAACGCUCUUUUUGACACGGGUUGAGCGUACGAACAGUCAGAAAAAUAGUAUAUUUUAGGACGAGUACCGUAGGGAUUUUUUGUCGCGUUAUAUUGUCGUUCACGCGGUGAACGAGAACCAACAUAGCAUACGAGUAAAAAUCCCUAGAACACUAGUCAUGAACUCUAUUUUCUCGUAGUGAUUUCCACUUUUCCGAGUUCAAGGAAGGGCCAUUGCCAAUCCUCUGAUGAGGGUAAGUGAAGAUCAGUACGGAAAACGCAGUUUUUGGGACAGCAUUAAUGUAGGAGCUGUAAUAACAAACCGAAUUCUACUGAAUUCUGAAGUCAGAAUUUCAGAGACUAAAAAUUGUCCAUCACUACAUGUUUAUUUUUUCUUAUUGAAUGAGUUAAAGCGACACAGAUAACAUUGUUAGCCUUACGCUGCAUAAAGUCUAUAAUUUUCAACUGAUUUGAAUAACUUUUCGUUGACAUAAAGUUUAAAUAUUUGGAGAUAUUGUGCGGGACAUUUUCACAGAUCGAUGAUUCUUCAUUUAUUACUAGUUUUAUUUUUAUCGAUCUUAUCAUAUGCUUUUCAUCGACCGGAUUGAACUACACCUUUAUAAACAUUUGUCAAACAAUAAAUAAAGAAACACCUCAAUAAAGAAUUGUUUAAAUUUGUGAGAAACUGGUGCCUUUCAUUCUAAUUCAUGUUAUAAAUUAAGACAAAUGCUCAGUCUAUUUAACAUUCUGGGGAAUUCAAAUGUUCAUAUUUGUUCAUAUUUGUUGUCUGUAUGAAGCCAUCGAUUGUCUUUUACAAAUAUUAUGAGUCAUUCAGACCUCGCAAUUUUUUAAACUCAGCUUGAGUUUUUCUUUGUGGAUUAUUCGCACUCUAUUAUUCAGUAUUCUAUUAUUCUCGUGCGAACCACAAUUUUUAAGACGCAAAUACGCAACUAAAUAAGUAUAUCGAUUCCUUUAAAAUUUAUCUCAAGAAUUUCCACUCCAUAUGCAACGUCGAUAUUUCAAAAAAUUAUGAUUUUCGAGGUCAAAUAAUUUCGUAUCGGGAAGUUAAAAAAACAUAUAAUGCGUGAUGUCACCAGUUUUUUUCUGGCACAGCUAUGAUAAAAUAAACUAUCAAAUUCUCAUUACUUCUGUAAUCUACAAUAGUGUACAAUUCACUGAAGUUCGAAAAUCAUUUGUCCAUUGUAUUUUAUUCUAACUGCAGUAAACAACAUCAUUAUUCAAUACCAUAUUAAAACUUCGUAAAGAAAUUAAAAUUCUCACCGUUUUUCUAAUCAAUAUGGAAAUUAAACAUAUCUCUCAUCGCAUUAUUAUUAGAAAAUAUUGUAAUUAGUAAGGAAACCCUACUAAUUGAUAACCAUUGGAAAAUUACAAUGGGAAAAUCGCCGGAGGAAGUUAUGAGACGUAGACAGCACAAUAUUCAUUGGCACAUAACAGUUCUAAACAUUCUAAUCUACCAUGAAGUUCAUCAUAUCCUUGUUCCUCGUGCUUUGUGGGAGUCAACUUUCCUUGCAAGAUCCUAAUAUAAAGGAGAAGGAGGUUUAUCUAUGCUUCGAGCUUGAUAUAAACAACGUUACAAUUCUCGACGACACUUGGUUCAAGGGCGUAGGGCCGAAUCAGCAUAAUUGGUUUGACAGUAUUGAAUUCCUGAAAGACAUAUCAAUCAAUUCAUUACAGGUCGACUAUGACAUCAACAACAAAGUUGUGAAUCCCAUAUCCCAAGAAAUUCAAUCGCGCCGACAUAUUGCCGGCUCACAUGACCUUUGCUACAUGCAAUCUACAAGUUAUAUUCCUACAACAAUUAUCCGAAAGUUGCUAGGCAUCACUGAAGGAUGUCCCAUUGCUGCGGGAGAAAAGAAAAAUACGACUGACGUUCGGUUUUCUCUCGCGAACGAAUGCUGGCAGCCUAAACUAGAAAAUCCGCGACACAUUGGGAAAAUCAACGUGAGAGACUAUCGUACCGAAAGUCUACUCUUGAAGGCUGAAUUUAUCGCAUAUGGUAACUUCUUCGCGCUGACUGCUUCAUAAAAAUAAUAAAUAAAUUGGACUAAAAAAAAUAAAAUUAUGCAAAAAUAUUCGGAGGAAGUUGUGUCGGGUAAAUAUGAUAACAAAAAUGUGGGAAAUUCCCCCGAAAGGCAGAAAAGACUCUUUGUAAAAACAAACUGGCCCAGAACUACUGUCACUGUAUAUUUAUGAAUAUACGAAAAAGGAUGAAAUAAAAAAUAGUAGGGACUAAGAACUGGGCCAGUGGUCAAGAAAUCAAACUUACUAAAAUGAAGUAACAUAAAAUGUUUGGAAAAUUUUUUGAAAGGUCCACUUGGCGAGCCAAUCAAGCUAGAGUAUUCACCUGUAAUCUGUAAAUCAAGACCUUUUAAUUAGAGCUACAAAAUUGGAAGAUCAUAUACAGACUGUUACAAUUAUAAGGAAAAUAAAGUUUUCUUCAAGUUCGA